UUCAACCUUUUUCUCCUUGAACGAAACAUUCGAUUCAUUCUCUCUCUGAUUCAAAGCUCUUCGUUGAGAGAAGAAGCCAUGGCUCGUACGAAGCAGACUGCUAGGAAAUCCACCGGAGGAAAAGCUCCCAGGAAGCAACUCGCCACCAAGGCGGCGAGGAAAUCGGCGCCGACCACGGGAGGAGUCAAGAAGCCUCACCGUUACCGUCCCGGAACCGUCGCUCUCCGUGAGAUUCGUAAGUACCAGAAGAGCACUGAGUUGUUGAUCCGUAAGCUUCCGUUUCAGCGUCUCGUUCGUGAGAUCGCCCAGGAUUUCAAGACAGACCUGAGGUUCCAGAGCCACGCAGUGUUGGCGCUUCAGGAAGCUGCGGAGGCUUAUCUGGUGGGUUUGUUCGAAGACACGAAUCUCUGUGCCAUUCACGCCAAGAGAGUCACCAUCAUGCCUAAAGAUAUUCAAUUGGCUAGGCGUAUUCGUGGAGAGCGUGCUUAGAAGAAUCACAUCUCUCAUCUAGUACUUUUGAUUUCUUUUUGUUUGUUUGUUUGUUUUAAGCAUAAUGCUUUGGUGUUAUAAACCUCUCUUUGAGGCUUAAGAACAUAGAUGGAUUGAGUAAUCGAUGUUAUGACACACUCUAUUUGUUAACUCUUGUUUCUCUCUCUAUGUUGAGUUUAUUGUGCGACA